AUGGCUUAUGAACACCAAGGCCUGUCCGGCAUGCCGAAGCAGUUUGUGCUUUGCUUUGAUGGUACCGGAAACAAAUUCGCUGGUGACGAGUCGGAUAGCAAUGUGCUCAAGAUCUUUCGCAUGCUUGACCGCAGCAAAAGUCACCAGUACCAUUACUAUCAGCCAGGCAUUGGCACAUAUGUGACCUCAAAGUCGCUGACUAGCCAUGGCCGAAUUCAACGUAUCAAGUCCGCCUAUCAAAAGGCCAAGGACUCGGCGGUCGGGUCUUCCUUUGACGAGCAUGUGAUGGGUGGAUACAAGUUCCUCAUGCGAUACUAUUCCCCUGGAGAUGAGAUCUUCUUCAUCGGGUUUAGUCGUGGUUCAUACAUCGCGCGAUUUCUAGCAGAGAUGCUGGACUAUAUCGGUCUCCUCGAAGCAGGAAACGAGGAGCUAGUCCGCUUUGCAUGGAAGACAUUCGCCAAGUGGCAGCAGCGGUCUGAUGAUUCGGAAGAAGAGCGCGAAGAAAAGAAGAAGCUCUUCGCAUACAUGAAGGCCUUCCGUGAGACGUUCAGUCGUCCUAUCUCGCGUAUCCGUUUCAUGGGUCUAUUCGACACCGUCAACAGUGUGCCGCGCUUCGAGUCAGCAUGGAUGCAGCGCACCAAGUUCCCCUACACGGCACGCAGCUCGGCCAAGGUGAUUCGUCAUGCCGUGGGUAUUGACGAGCGCCGCGCGAAGUUCCGCCAAGAUCUGAUCUCUGGGGCGCGUCCAAAGGAAAAGAAGAAACACCGCCGUCGCCCCCAUUUGCCCACAAACCAUCUGCACCUCUUCCACCAGGAUCACAAGGAGAAGUCUGAGGAGGAAACCCCAGACAACGUUCCUGCCAUUCGGGUCAAUGACAACCCUGAGGAGGAAGAGCAGGAUGAAGAGAAGGCCAGGCCUGAAUUCACUACUCCUAGAUAUGAGCCCAGUACUGGAGAGACAUACUACCAUGCCGGGCGCCGCGGCUCGCAUAACCAAGCUUCACACACAUCCUCACAACCGCCUUCCCGCGCCGGUAGCGAACGCGGGACAAUGCAGCAUAACAAAUACCGCGCACCCUCUCCCAGACGCAGACUUGCUGUUCCCAAAGCAUCAAUGGAUGAUCUCCACUCAGUGCGAAGCAGAGAGUCCUUCCACAGCGUGCACUCCAACACGCUUUCCGUGCAAAUUCCCAUCGUAGAGAUCGAUUCAAGCGACGACGAAGACGACCAAGACAUCCACGAAGUCUGGUUCCCAGGCUGCCACGCAGACAUCGGCGGCGGGUGGACGCUCUCGGAAGGCGAGUCAUGGGCGCUCAGCCACGCGCCGCUCGUGUGGAUGACACAGGAGGCGCAAAAGGCUGGACUUGAGUUGGAUGAGCGAAAGAUGAAGCAGUUCCAAUGUCUGGAGGAGUACGACGGUGAUUAUAGUCCCAUCCGGGAAGAGAUUAAUACCCGGCGGCCGAAUCGGUGCGUUGAGCCUCAUGCUGAAAACGAUAAUGCUUUCCGGUCUAUGCCUGAUGAGAAGGAGCGCACUGCUGCCAGUCGUGACUUCUGGCAUGCGCUGCAUACCUCCAGUACAAAGGGCCUGCUGCAUGAUUGUCUGAUGUUCAACCAAGGUAUUCCUAGUAUGUCGGUUAUUACGUGGCGCAUUAUGGAAUGGUUGCCGUUCCGUCGUAUGGAUCUGCAGCCGGAUGGGUCGUGGAAGCCGAUUAGCUGGCCGUUGCCUCGUGGCGAGGUACGGGAUGUUCCGCUUGAUGCUGAGAUCCACGUUUCUGCUAUCCGGCGUAUGCAGGCGGAUCCCAAAUACCGUCCUGGUAAUGUGAUUGUUGGUGGUGGUGGUCGUGGUAUACGUGUUGCACCGGAGCAGUAUGGUAUGGGUGAGUGGGUGGUGUUCAAGCAUGAAGGUGAUUUGGUGCGGGAGACCUAUGUCCGCAAGAACAUAUCCAAGUGCAAGGAGGGCGAGGAAUAG